GUCCGGUCCAUAGGCAUGAAAACCGACUCCGAAGUCCAAGCAACCCUCCAACAUUGUGGAGAGCAGAACUUUCCUCCGAUAGGUUUUCGCUGAAACUGAACGUUUGUGUGAUUUCAAUGGGGACUCGAGAGGUGUAUGAAGAGAAGCUACGAACGGGGAAUCUGUAUCACGAGCCCACCAUCAAUCCUGGCCUCGGUACUCCCCGCUGCCCUCGUUGUCUCUCCCUCCUCGACUCAGACUCGGACAAAGGUGAAUGGACCAUCACUCCAGUGUUACAUGAUGCCACGGCUGUGGCUGGCUGUGGUUUAGGUGGAAUGCUCAGUGCUUUUUAUGGUCUGAAUACAGGAAUGCCUUAUCUCCAAAAACAUGUCAAAGGGCCAAAGUGGCUUCCAUUCGUUAUAGGGGUUCCUCCAUUGUUAAUGUUUUCUGCUGCAAGUGCUGCAUUAGGAGGAUAUGGGCUUCCAAAUUUCACACAGCUGAGUGUGACAUCAUAUUAUGCUGCAUCAAGUGCUUCUCAUUAUGGGAUUUCAUUAAUUACAAGAUACAUUGAAGACACUUAUAUGACACGUUCACAAAAACAAAGGCUUCGGAGUAUGCAUCUUGUUUGAAGGAUUACUUGGAUGAUGUUGAAAGGAUAAAAAGUUGUAUUUCGCUUAAGGUCCACUUCUACCACGAGAUUUAUUCAUGAAGAAGUAGUUGUACACGUGAUAUCAUCUCCAACGACUUAAAUAGAUGAUGGUGAGAUUAAGUACGAUACUGUAUAGGAAUAGUCCUUAUUGUUUUUCUCUUGUAAUAUUGGUC